UGUAAACAUACAAGCAAGUCAAUCAUAAUUUUAAUGUUUUCAAGAAUAUUUAAUUUUUGCAAUAGCUGCGGGUAUAUGAACUUCGGCUUGCCAAAGUUUGAUUCCUUUCUUGUUUCAACAACAUUUCUUUUUAUUUAGUUAUAUAAAAUAGUGUUGAUUUUAAAAUGCCACUGUGACUGAAAUUCAUCAAUAAAACCAAUCAUCAGCAAAAAAGCACCUCGUCGCAGUAAGCGUAUUGAUAAAAGCUUGAUAAAUUUAGGCAGUGAUGAAUUUUUCGCGCAAAAAAAAACUUACGGUACAUAUCAAGUUUUGUAUGCUUGUGUGCAGGACCAAAGUUAUUUUAUGCUUAAAAAUUGGUUACAGUAUUAAAUUUUGAGCAACCUUCACAUUACAUAUGUACUUACAUACAACACAAGCGGCGCGUGCCACGAAAAAAUUACUGUAUGUGUAAGGUUUUCGUUUUGUAAUUUAUACCAAACUUAAAAACGAACUAAUAAUACUUAUAAAGUUUUAAGUAAGAUUAGAUUAGAGUCAGUAGUAUAAAUAAUAUGAUAGAGUUUGAUUUACAAUGUUUCGAAAUAAGAGGAAUAUAGUUCCUGGUAAUACGAAUAGGCACUAAGAAAUGUAGGCGACCCAGUAGUUCGGUACUCACCACAUCCCCCUGAAUAUGAUUACAAAAAAAAGUAAUACCAAGACUCGUUCUACUGUUGGAUAAAGAUGGUAAAUUAAUAAGGAGAAGUCUACUAGAGUGAGAUGACUCUAUUCGGUCUAUAUGCACACCGUAUUGGGGACUCCAAACUGGUGAGCAGUACUGCAGGCUUGGACCAACCAAUGAAAUAAAAAAGGUUUUUGUUAAAUACGGAUCAUCGAAUUCCUUUGACCACUUUCAAUAGAUUUUCACAACACCAUGUUUAAAAAAGUCAAGAUCCAUUUGUAAGUCUGAACUGCGGAAUGGCCGUCGCUGAUUAUGUCGCUUGGAAAAACUGCGCAAAAAUAUCGGCAAUUGACUGAUCAGUGUUUGCCGUAGAUGAUGGCGAUGCAAAUGAUAGCGAUGCUGGGAAAUUUUCGGCCGUUCCUUGUGUCCCAAGACGUUUCUGCAAAUUUAAUUGCUUAAUUUGCUGCUGCCGCCAAAUGGACGUAAAAAAACAUUAAAACCAUGGCUCCACGACCUCGCAGCGCCCAAACUCUGGACGACAGACGUUCCCGAGGUACUCGAUCCUACCGCUGCCGAGUCUGUCGGGGAAUCCAUCCGCUACGGAAAUGCAACAGGUUUCUGAGGCUCAGUACUGAAAAGCGGCUACGCGCCGUUAUCAUUAACAAAUACUGCGCUAAUUGCCUGGCACAUCAGCACUCCGAAGAAGUAUGUCGCAGCGGAGACACGUGCAAAAAAUGUGGGCAGGACCACCACACGUUGCUCCAUAUGCGCGAGUCUUCCAGUUCGCGACGCCAGUCAAUUUCUCCAGUGCGACCUUCGGUAACUGCAUCACGACCAUCAACUUCCGGCUCACGCUCUCGGGGUCCAACACCCAGCUCGCGGAAUCGUUCCCAGCAUUCCGACCAGGCCGAAGCGCCAACUGCAGCUCCAUCUGUGGCGUCUCUGUUGCAGCAUCGGAGUGUGCAAAUCAUCCCGACGGCCAUCGUGGUUCUCGACACAGGAACCAAUAAAUACGAGACGGGUGCCCUGAUCGACCCGUGCUCCCCGGUGAGCACCAUUGAUAGAUCGCUCGCCGCGGCGUUCCGGCUCCCCACGACAAGCGUCGGAGACGAGACGGUCUGUUCGGCGACGAUAAGGUCACGAACAGGCACCUUCAAAAUCGACGUGGUGCUCAAGGUCAGCCCCAACUUCUCCACUCGCACUCCAAUCCGUGCACUAGCCGACGAUGUUCGCGCUAGGUUUAAUGAUAUCCGUCUUGCUGAUGAACAGUUUCAUCGCCCGGCGACGAUAUCCCUGGUGUUGGGCUCUGACGUCUAUCGUGACGUCAUCCAACCCGGGUUCCUAAAUCUGGAUGAGGGGCUGCCUGUCGCACAAAUCACUGUGUUCGGCUGGAUUGUCUCGGGAUCCUGUAGACAAUCUUAAGGCGCCAGACGUGUGGAAAACUUGGUUGCUACGUUUGCCGUCGCAAGGGGGGGAGAAUGUCCGCGCCAAGGAGGGGCCACUGUCCAAAUUAUUCGUUAACAGUCGAGAGCAGUUAUGUCCAGAUGAACUCUCAUCUCGCUCUCGGUCUGUUAACAGUCUCCACCCCCGCUCUCCUAGCAUUAGAUUUAAGUAGAGUUAAGGAGUU